AUGAAGAAAGAGUUCAAAGAUCUUGCAGCCAGAUACGACACACUUAGAGAAUGGCUGUCCUUUAAUGAUGCUCAGUCUUGUCAUCUGUCUGUGAAUGGCUGGAUUGCUUGUCGUGGAAAGCUGUAUUUAUUCAUCUCUGAUGAACUGAACUGGAUGAGCAGUCGAGAUGUCUGUGUUUCAAAAGGAGCCGAUCUGGUGACCAUAACCAGCCAAUCAGAACAGGAUUUUCUGGUGUCUAAAAUUACAGUGACACACUGGAUUGGUCUGAAUGAUCUGGACACUGAAGGACACUGGGUUUGGGUGAACAACCAAACUCUCAAUGAAACUGCAGUACAGUUCUGGUUCACUGGAGGGCCGAGAGAACCUGAUAACUGGAGAGUACAGGAUCCGUCUGGAGAGAACUGUGCUAGUCUGGGAGAUGGGAAGGGCAAUUUUCAAUCUUGGUUUGAUGCUUCUUGUAAAAAAGUAAAGAAGUUUAUCUGUGAAAAGAAAUAUUAAUUUACUUCCAUCAGUGAUACUGUAACAUGUCAGUUUGUCUUGGGACUUCUUUCUGUUUGUAUUUGUUCAGUU